AUGGACUUCACAGGGCAGACCGUUGUAAUUACCGGUGCUGGCGGUGGGCUCGGGAAAGCUUAUUCUCUGCUCUUCGCAGCCCGUGGCGCCAAUGUCGUUGUAAACGACUUCAACAGGGACGCCGCGCAAAAGGUCGUGGACGAAAUCACUAAAGGCGAGUUGUGCAAUACAUUAGCGGUUAGUUUGCUUAACGGUAUUUCAAUAGCCGGUGGAAAGGCGGUAGUAAACUCGUCCUCUGCAACCGACGGUGACGCGGUCAUCAAAACCGCCGUCGAUGCAUUCGGCACCGUUACUAUCCUCAUUAACAAUGCUGGAAUCCUCCGCGAUAAAGGCUUCAAAAAGAUGUCGGACGCAGAGUGGGACCAGAUCAUGGAAGUCCACCUCAAAGGCGCCUUUGCUUGCACCAAGGCAGCCUGGCCUUACUUCCGCAAACAAAAAUUCGGACGCGUCGUAAAUACCGCUAGCGCAAGUGGACUGUAUGGUAACUUUGGUCAAGCCAACUACAGCGCGGCAAAGAUGGGGCUGGUGGGAUUCACCAAAACUCUGGCUAUCGAAGGCGCGAAAUACGGCAUCAAGUCGAUUGCUAUUGCUCCGGUGGCCGCUUCAGCCAUGACAGCAACCACAAUGCCUCCUGACAUGCUCGCCAACCUCCAGCCUACCAUGGUUGCACCAUUUGUGCUUGCAGUGUGCCAUCCUGACGGACCCGAUGCAACAGGCAGGGUCUUUGAGGUCGGAGCCGGCGUCGUGACGGAAAAUCGGUGGGAGCGUAGUGCAGGUGCUGUCUUCAGAACAGACUCCAGCUUCACACCAUCUGCAGUUAAAGCAAAGUUCUCCGAAAUCACUGAUUUCAGCAAGCCAUCCUAUCCCAAAGCCUAUACCGAUGUCGACGCCAAGGGAUUCAUUGAAAAGGCUGCCAAAGGUCCUACGAACCAACAAGCAUCCCCUCCGGUCCAAUUCACCGGCAAGACCGUCAUUAUUACCGGUGCCGGUGCCGGUCUUGGUCGCAUCUAUGCUUUGAUGUACGCCAAACUCGGGGCUAACGUCGUUGUCAACGAUGUGAGCGAAAAGGGCGCCAACAGCGUCGUGGCCGAAAUAACUUCCUCGGGUGGCAAGGCUAUCCCCGUCAUUUGCUCUGCCGAGGACGGCGACGCGAUUGUUAAAGCCGCGUUGGCCAAAUUCGGCGGUGUCCACGUCCUCGUCGCUAAUGCUGGAAUUCUGCGCGAUAAAUCUUUCCAAGCGAUGACACCAAAGGAAUGGGAUGAUGUAAUCCAAGUUCACUUGCGCGGUACCUUCAAGUGCGCCAAAGCUGUCUGGCCCAUCUUCCAGGAGCAGAAGUACGGUCGUAUUAUCACGACGGCUUCCCAAGUGGGAAUUUAUGGAAACUUCGGCCAAGCCAACUACUCAACAGCUAAAGCUGGGCUGAUUGGCUUAGCUCGCACUCUUGGCCACGAAGGUCGAAAAUACAACAUUCUCGCAAAUGUCAUUGCUCCCUCCGCUGGUACCGCCAUGACACAGACAAUAUGGACACCAGAAAUGGUCCAAACAUUCAAACCUGACUACAUCGCUCCUCUCGUUGGCUACCUCACAAGUGAAGACAACACUGAGACAACUGGCUCGCUAUUUGAAGUGCUCGGCGGAUGGGCCGCGCAGACACGGUGGCAGCGCUCUGGUGGCUACAGCUUCCCGACAAAAGCUCCUUUCACGCCCGAAGACGUCAAAGCCAAGUGGGCCCAAAUCACCGAUUUCAAUGAUGGUCGGGCAACACAUCCGACGACCACUGCAGAGGCAUUGGAGCAGAUUGUGGCCAACUUUGGUAACAAUGGGGACGCAAAAGCAAAAUUGUAA